UUUUGGCACUACGAAAAGCCAUAAAUCAAAAGAAGAAGAAACAUUGUGAAUUUUACUUUUUUUACAAUGUCUCGUAAAUAAAGCAAAUAAUCAAACGUUGUAAAACAAUACAUAUUAAUCAAUAUAUUAUCAAUCAUAGAUAAAAAUCGGAUCAACGAUUUGAGGCAUAAUGCAUAUUCUAUGCACAAUCUGCAGUGACCUGGUGAAUCAAGCAGAUAACUUAAUUGUAACAAAAUGUGGUCAUAUAUUUCAUCAUAACUGCCUAUCAAAAUGGAUAGAAAGAUCAAAGUCGUGCCCUCAAUGCCGCAACAAAGUGACAGAAUCGGGUUUGUACCGGCUGUUUCCGACCAUCUCCAGCGAGACCGAGGUCGAUGACGUCAUAACGCUUCAGAGCCGCCUGGAUGACGCACUUCUGCAGCUUAGGCAGUCUCACGCCACCUGCAAGGAAAACGUCGAAAAAUGCGCAAAAGCGGAGGCGCAACUGGCCAAAGUAAUGACUCAGUUAAAGACAUCUGAAAAGCAGCUGGAGAGCCGAGAAACCGCCAUCGCAGCAAUGAAGGAACAACUCAAGUAUUUGAAGAUGGAGAUCACAGUGGUCGAGAAUUUAAAGGAUGAGAACGAAGGCUUAAAGAAAAACAUGAGAACAUUAAACGGUCUUCAGAAAGUAUUGAACGCCACAAGUGAGGAAGUGGAACUAAUGUUGGAGGGCUACUCGGAUGUUCGGACUGUCGCCACAUUCGCAACUGCUCUGAAACGCGCAUUAUGCGAGUCGGAGAGCAAAAAGAACGACACCCGAGACAGACUGCAAGUGACCAAGCAGAAACUUGCAGCGGAGAAGAGCAUCGUUGCUGACUUGCAGGCCAAACUAGCAUCUGCGGAAGAGAAGCUCUCGUUGUUGCACCGCAAGUACAGAGGUCUGCAGCAGAAACGCAAGUCCGACGUCCUCGAGAGCUCCCUCGCCGAGGAGUCUCCGUCGUCGGCGAAAAAGAUGAGGCAGGACCUCAACGCGGCCGUACUCCUCACCGACAGCUGCAAUAACAGCUUCAACACGAUGGUUGAUAAGAUAGAGAACGCAGAAUCGCCGUACUUGCGUCUACAGCAGAGUAGCUUGGCACUCUCCGCGUUGAACCUCGCCUCGCAACACGCGAACCCCGCUAAACCCUUGUCGGAUAAAAACCUGAAGCCGUCAGAAUACGCACUCCUCAACUCAGUGAGAAAUGCCAUCACAAAGAAACCGGAAGCAAACAAAAGUCAAGCGACAAGUAUUUUCCAAAAAAAGGAGCCGACGAAAAUCAACUUCACCCAAGAAAAUGACCCGAAUCUCUCCCUACUGAAUAUCUCCUACGACGGAUUGGGCGGGCAUUCGAAACUGGACACCUUUCCAGUGCCCAACUCAAAACCCAAUUUCAAGAGUUGCAUACCGAAGCUUUCAGCGAAACACAAGUUGAAACGACCCAACCCGGUCGGGAGUCAGGAUAUAGGAAAGAUGUUAGAGAAAAUCAGAGACAAGUAGAUAAGCAUAAUUUAAUCUGUCGAUAUACAGAUUUGAAACAAAGAAGCCAAAUAUAGAGCGUGGAUUUUUUUUUUUAAAUAUCCAUUUUUUUUCCCCGAUCACGUUAAUUUGAUUUCACGUAUUUCGGUACGAGAGGACUUUCAAGUUCUUAUUGCAUUCGGCUCAAGCUAUGGCUUUGUUUAGUCUUUUGUAUGGCGUAUAAUAAGGUUAUACGAACUUUGACACGGUCAAAGGACAAGAUAGAAUUUUUUUCUAACAAAAGAAACGACUUCUAAAACAAAUGUUAUACUUACCAAUUUCAAUAAAUCGUCCUUAAUUCAAUAUUAUAAACGCGGAAGUGCUUGUUUGUUUGUCCUUCCUUAACGCCCUAACUAAGGCAAAAUAAAGCAUUUAUAGCAACCAAUCAACUUGAUUUUUGGCAUAAGCUAGUGAAAGGACGGAGAGUUCCUUGGGCUACUUUUUAUCCCAGGAAAACAAGUUGUCUGUGUCUGGAACUCUUCAUCAGAACUAUAUGACAUUUCAAUGGCACAAUUUCUGAAUAAACCCUUUCCGAGUUAUGUUAAAAACCUCCACUUUGAAGGAAGUCAGUUAUAAAGUUGUAAACAUUUUAGUUUCGAAAAUUCUGAUUUUGGUUGGGUUUUUUUGGAUUGCUGGACCAAAUUUGAUGGAAAUGUAUUAACGUCACUGGUGAUUCUCCUAUGUAUAAAUACUGCUAAGCAGCUUUGUAAUGACAAAAUUGUAAUGAUAUAAAGUAUUUCUAUUUACUUGAUGAGUUAACAGCAUUGACUUUACACUUAACUAGACCAAACUGUGAGUGUGUUAACUUAAUGUAUAAAUAAAUUCUAAUGUAUUGUUAAUAUAAAACUGAAGACUGAUUUUGUUAAGACAAUAAACAUAAUAAACUAUU